AUGGCCCUCACAAUCUCCACAAUCAAUGUAAGAAGUGUGAGGUCCAUUUUAAGAGCACAAAACUUUUUAAAAAAACUUUUAGAGUCAGAUGUGUUUUUAUUGCAAGAGUGUGCUCUGCCUUUUUUAACCAAUUACAGGAAAUCGGAGGAGCUUUGGACCUCUGGACCCUCCCUCUGGAGCGGUUCCAACUUCAACAAAAAUGACGGGGUUGCCAUUUUAAUUAAUAAUCCCAAUGUCUUGGUGAAGGGAAGCACAGUGAUAAGGAAUGGGCAGGCAAUUUUAGCAAAUCUGACUUUUUUAGAUAAGAGUUUUAAUGUUCUUAAUGUGUGUGGUUUUACUGACAAGAAUGAAAGAUAUGAGCUUUUAGAAGACUUGCAGCCCCACAUGUUAGGUAGAGCUCCACUGGUGGUAGCAGGGGAUUUUACUUGUGUUUUAUCCCAGAAAGACAGAAAGAGAGUAGAGGAUUUUAAAGUUGACAAAACAUCGGUUUUAUUGCAGGGUUUAGUCAGAGAUUUUAAAUUAGUUGACUGUUUUAAAACAACGCAUCAGAGAGAGCAGGGCUUCACCUGGUUCAGUGGUGAUGGCACCAGAGCCUCUCGCAUUGACUACAUUUUUACAAGAGACUGCCCGCCAACCGACGCAACAUUAACCCCUCUAUUUUUCUCAGACCACAUAAUGCUGUCAAGCACCCUUUCACUGCAAACUGGUGUGACAGUAGGGGGUGGGCUGUGGAAGCUGAACUGCUCCCUUUUAGAGGACGAGGAGAUAGCCAGAGAGUAUAGUGAGCAGUUCAGCCAAUGGCAGACCCUCCAAGACUUUUACGACUCACGUGCACAGUGGUGGGAGAUGGUGAAGGAACGGACUAGACAGUUUUUUAGAAAGAUAGGUAGGGAUAAAAAGAACAGUUUAAAACGGCACAUGAUGGGGCUGCAAAAAUGACUACAAAGGUAUUUUAACCUUAUAAACACAGGUUUUGAUUUUAAUGAAGAGAUCAAAAAUGUAAAAGAAGAGGUGUCAGUUUUAUCCGAAAGUCAAAGCAAAGGUGUCAUUUUAAGGAGCAGGGAAAAGGAUAUAGAAGAAGGUGAAAGGUGUACCAGGUAUUUUUUUAAAAAGAUAAUUUCACGGGGUGGGGCAAUCACUGUUUUAAAAAGUGAAGGAAGGGAAGCUCAAACUACAAAAGAAAUUUUAAAGGAAACUUAAGUAUUUUAUGAAAACUUAUAUAAUACCAAGAAAGUACACAAUGACACGUUAAGGGAAGUUUUAGAGUGUUUAGAAAAGAAAGUGGACAGUAAAUGUGCCGUUUUAUCUCAAGAUUUUACAAUUUUAGAAAUUCACAAAGCUCUUAAAAGUUUUAAACGAGGAAAGUCCCCCGGAAUAGACGGACUUCCUCUAGAGUUUUAUUCAACUUUUUGGGAUAUUUUAGCACAUGACUUACUGACUGUUUUUAAAGAAUUUGAGACUCUUGAAAUACUUCCUGACAGCUUUAGAAUAGGGAUAGUUUCACUUUUACACAAAAAAGGAGAAAAGACUGACUUACGGAACUGGCGACCUAUUACACUUUUAAAUUUUGAUUGUAAGAUUUUUAGUAAAAUUUUAUCCAUGCGUAUGUUGACUGUUUUAGAGGACGUAAUCCACCCAGAUCAAGCAUGCGCUGUGCCUGGAAGGAAGAUCACGGACAGCCUGGUACUGAUCAGAGAUGCCAUCUGUUAUGCGAGAGACAGAAACAUUCGACUGGUAGUCCUAAAUUUAGAUUUUGAAAAAGCAUUUCACCACAUCUCGCACCAGUUCCUCUUUAAGGUCCUGGAAAAAAUGGGGUUUCCAGGGAGGUUUAUAGCCUGGGUGGGACUGCUGUGCAACUGUCUGGUUAGCAGAAUUUUGGUUAAUGGGCAUUUAUCCAAAGCUGUGAAUAUUCACAGCGGUGUCCAUCAGGGGUGUCCUUUAUCUCCCCUCCUGUAUGUGGCUUGCAUUGAGCCACUGGCACAAAUCUUGAGAAAGGAUAAAUGGAUUAAAGGACUGGACGUCCCAGGGACUGUUGGACCGACAGCAACCUGUGUUUUAUAUAUGGACGACGUAACCCUUUUAGCAACUGACCUUUUAUCAGUACAAAGAGCAUUGGACUUGACUGACUGGUACGGUCAGGUCGGCGCUAAGCUCAACAGGAGUAAGUCCGAGGCCCAGCUCUUUGGGCUGUGGGGAAACGUGGACACAGGCAGACUGGAUUUGGAUUUUAAAAACAAUGACCUGACAGUUUUAGGGGUAAAACUUGACAGAGAGGGUGGAGGACGGGGAAACUGGACUGACAUUUUAGGGAAAGUUAGACAAAGACUGGGGUUUUGGGGACUCAGACUAAUGACAAUUGAAGGAAUUUUACCACUAAUUUUACUGUCUGUUUUUAGUCCCCCAAGACGAUUCCUGGCCAACCUGGAGAGGGCGGUAUUUUAUUUCCUGUGGGGGUCCAAGUGGGAAUGAUUGAAAAGGGAGGUCUUUAAAAAAAGAAAGGAAAAUGGCGGGAAAGGCCUCCUGGACCCCCACUUGUUUUUAGGCAGCCACUUUACCGCCCUCCACAUUGGAUAUGCGCUGACCCCAUCCAGAGAGAAUAAGACAGCGGCCAUGGCUCAUUUCUGGAUGGGGUCCUACUUAAGAAGCUUAAAGAUUUUACCUAUCGACUUGAACCCAGUGUCUUUUAAUUUGCCAAAAGAGUACAGUUUUAUCAAGAAAUUUUUAAAGAAAUACCUCUUAGAGACAAAUGACGUCACCAUUUUAACUAACUACAAAUCUCUCAUCUCUCUUAUGCAGGACCGGGAAAUGGUGAGUCCAGUUCCAGGCCUCACACUAAGUGAGGCCAAAGAUGUUUGGAGGAACACAGCCCACCCAGCUCUCCAGAACAGGCACAAGGACUUAUCGUGGAUGACUCAUGAGAUCCUCCCGGUCAGGGCGGUUAUGCACUCCAGAGGCAUGGCCAAAACCCCCAUCUGCCCACGGUCCGGAUGCAACUGCCCGGAGACCGUCCGACAUCUGCUCUGGGAGUGUGGCGUAGCGCGGGACCUGUGGACCAAGACCGGCCCCCUGGUUUUCCUGUGCCUGCCAGUGGGUGGGGCCCAGGUGGACUUCAAGCUCGCUAUCCUGGGGGUGGGUCAGGGCUUGAAGGAGAUGACAACAACAAAAUUUGCCUUGCUCUAG